AUGACACCCUUCACCUUCUUCCACACCAGCAACGGAACCAAGAUCCGCGAAUCGUUCAACCGGGAUCAGAUCGGCCAGAUCAACGCAUUCUUCUCCUCAACCACCGGAGUUGUCAUUUUCGGACUCAUCUGGCUAUUCUGUGUCAUUGGCAUGUUCGUGGUCACUGGAUACACCCUUGCCAAGUACGAGGAGGAGAAUCAAAAUGAUCCGGAAUUGGCCAGAGAGCGUGCUCAGCAGGGACUGGUCCUUCUGAAUGCUUCGGAGGAGAUACCGUGGCGACUGUGAGUUGUUUUUUUUCUGAUGUCUCGCCCUGCGGAGAAAUCAAACUGAAGGCAAUAUGAACUACCCCAAAGUAGUGGUUGUGGCAACAUCUACCGAAUAAAGACCAUAAAAUGAUUCAUUUGCAGUCGGGUGCCAACUCUUAGAAAUCACGGACUCGUUCGCCCCGGAAGGUACUAUCGUUUUUGAUGAGCUUAUGGUAUAUAUUGUGUAAUCGUGGCAACUACUCGACAAUAAAAUUUUGAUGUGAACAGUCUCUUUUUCUCAUUUUUUUGUUGGUAAAUUCUCAGAAAUUGUCUACCAGUUUCCAGAUUUCCAUCCAUAAUAGCAUGGUUCAACUUCAGUGAUGAAUUUUGUAUUCCUCACCGGAAGCUAAUAAUUGGUCUUGCCCACGAUCCCAUCCGGUUGUUCAUCUAAAUGCUAACGAAGCGACCACUUCCUCUUCCUCUCGUCAUUCUCGGACUGCCGACCAAUGGAUAAAAUAAUGAGCUCUGAGAAAAUCAAAUCCGGACGCCAUCGCUUGUUUCAUGGAUAUAUAUAUAUAAAAGAAAACAAUGAAAUGAAAAACCAGUCGGUUUUAUGUCCGUGUUGAUGUGCUCCACUUAUUCCUGCUGAGCUCGCACGCAACCUGACUCUCAUGAGCAAUAGAACAUGUCAGUAGGGUCUUAAUCAAUCACAGGUGUUUUUGCAGAAUCUUUUUUUCAAACUAUUGCUUCUCAAAAGUUGAACAAAAAAAAUGUUUUAGUGCGAAAAAUGAAUUCGCCUAGUUUUCGGAGACUUUCAUUAACAGAAAUGUCACAAACUCCUUCGAAAGAAAAAAAUUGGUCGAAAGUUCAGCAAUCCGGCUGGCAGUUGAGAAAAACAAUGUCAAAAACACCUGCCUUUGACUGGAAAUGCGAUUUCUCAAAAUGUCAGCUCCAGACUUCAGGCACGUGUUUUUCAAAGAAGUUACAAAGUGACACACGUUAACAACUAAUUCUCCUCGAAUUUUGUUCGUCAGAACAAAACCAAAACCUGUUGUGGAACCGGAGACCAUUCAGAGAACACAAACGUGAUUCUCUAUUCUUAACUUGAACUUUCUUUGUACUCCUUUCCGUCUAUCAUCACACCGAUCGUCUAAAUCUUUCUUUUCUCAAAAUUUUCUCAGAAUGACUUUCAAAUUUAAGUUUCUCUUAUCAGUAACAACACUCUUCCCCAGGGCCGCCUGAGAUCAUUAGUACAUGAGUUUGUGUCCUUUGUGUUCUUCCAAUGUCUGCGGGACGCACCGCGCCGUCAGCUUAUUUCAUUCAGUUCAAAUCAAUCAACAGUAAUGUUAUGCACACACAUACACAAACUGUCUAGAGAAGGGAGAGAGAGAAAGAGAGAGAAAAGAAAAGAAAGGACAGGCAGACAGCGAAAGGGCAUCAUGUGUAUGUGUGCGCGUGUGUGUGUAUUGUACACCCUCUACUUCGGGGACCUCAACACCAGCCAGCCAUUGUUUUUCAACUUCUACUCUAUCUCUCUCUUUCUCUUUCUUUUUCUCUCCUUCUUCCACUUUCCCGAUUGCGCAGAUAGUAAGCGGAUAGAUAGAUACCCGGUUGAACUUUCAACAUCCCUGGGUUCUCCGUUUCAAUGGGCCAAUAGGGGAAUUUGACAGAUUUUCUGGUUAGGUUAGAUUUUUUGAUAAUUUCGACCGUUUUUUACAGCUCAGAAAAUGAGAAUUGCUUUUCGAGGUUGAAAAAACUGCAAAAUUAUGAGAAACGUUUUCCAACAUUUCUAGGAAAAAUUUCAAAAUGGAACGUUUCAAAUUCUUCUGACUUGAUGCGUACUCUGACUUCUAAGAAUCACCAUAUGAUCUGUUCAAAUUCAUACCAAUCAUUCUUCAUCACGUUUGCUUCUCCCUUCGCCUUACUUGAUUCGUUCCGGCAGCCGACCUUGGCCUGCCCAUGCCUUUCGAGAGAAGAUAGUAUCAAUUUGACAGACCUCCAAUCCUAUGCCCCUAUUUGCCCGUCCAAACGUUUUUUGCGCAAUCAUGUUGAACAAGUGUCUCAAAUGACUGGGAACAGAACAGAACAGAACCAGUAAGAGUCCAACCGAUCCGAUUAUUCAAAUUCGACCGGUUCUGUGCUGUUCUUGUUCUGCCGGUGACGCAGGGGGUGCAAAAUAAAAAUACAGAUGGACGGAGUCUCUCAUCAUCAUCAUCGGAAACCAAUCGGUGUUCAGUUCAUCAUCAUUCACAAUUCCCCCGUCGGUCCGCCAUUUCGCUAUACAUAAAAUGCCACCGCCAUAACAAUCUGUGUUGAUUUCAUCGCAUCGUUAGGCAAUCCGAGAACGGCAAGCAUUUUCCCAUUUCUCAAUUUUUAUUUUGUCAUGAGGCUCGGCUCAGUGACUCACUAGUCACCAACAUUUGGUUUUUUCCGAAUGUAAAGGGUAAAUGAAAAAGUGUUCAUUGAUGUUUGUGAUUUAGUCUAAAUUCAUAAUAACAACGUUCUAUUUGACCACCUAAAACAAAGUCCGCCGUCAAAAGUCAUUGGUCCGUGACACAAGAAAAGACGAGAAAUCAGAGCACAUCUGUCGCGUUUUUCUCUGUUCUCCUUUUCAUUCGUUUCGUCCUUCUCACUUCUCGCCAACAAUUUGUCCAUUUCCUCACAUUUUCCCGAGGCUAUUUGUGCUAUUCUUGCAGUUUUUGCGGUUUCAUCGGCCGAAAUGUGUUUUUGUUUCAAUUUCUUCAAGGAGAAGCGAUGAAAAAACAUGAAGGGGAGCGAGAGGACGGAUGCAUGUAUUACGUGUCAAAGAGGGGAGGGGGAGAGAGCGGGAGAGAGUCCCCCGUCCGUCCGUCCCACGCUAAACGAAAGCCCAAGCGGUGUCCUCCGAGAGUGUCCCCUCCACGUUUGCCUUUUUCGCCCUUUCCCCAUUUUCCCAAUUGCCGACUUGUUCGAUCGAGGUCCGCUGCGCAUUCAUUUCGAGUUUACCCAGAAAAUAUAAAAUGAACAACUAGUUUUUUUGCCGAAAAACAAUGUGAUCAGUAAAUCUGAAACGGAGCGUUAUAUUUCAUCCAAUUCUUAGAAAAUUCUAUCUUGUCGGCAGCUGAAAAAGUGUUGAAACAACGCCCACUCAGCAUUGGAGCUUGUACCUUUUUCCCUCUAUUUUCCCUCUUUUUCACUUCAACUAUUGUAUACAAACCGAUUAUUCGUUCGUUUCUCUCCGGUUUCACAACAAACUUUCCAUUUUUCAGACUAGCGAAGGGUAUGGUCUCAAGCACAGCGAUGGCCAGAAACACGUCACCCGUCAGCGAGCGAUACGGGAAACCGUCGACUUCUUCGAUGGAAGAAGACUUGGAAAUUGAGCAAUCGAUGCGAAACGCGUCUAUCAUCGAUCAUCAGUAUGAGCCAGUGAGUUUUGAUUCUAAAAAAUUGGCAUUACUACGUUCGAAAUGCAUUUGAUAACAACGAAAAAGUCGAGAAAAACUGCGAAAUUUUCCUAAUUGUGCUAUGAAGGAGCUGUACUUCCCACGACUCCACCGAUCAUUUCAAGCAACUUUGAAAGUACCCGACCACAUCAUUAGAACAUUUUUCGGACAUUUUCUCCAACUUGUUUACUAAAAAUGAUUGCUAUUUGCGGGAAUCUCUAAUUGCAUGACUGAAAUGUUCAACCGUUUGGACACAAACUUUGGAGGCUUCUUGUCAUGGGUUCCAAGUUUCAGACUGAUCGGACUAGAGAAAAAAAAUUAAAUUGCAAGUGAAUCCUAAAUCCCGGCCAAAAAAAACCUGGGCGGCUUUUUUUGCUCAGCCCUGGGUUGUCCCUAAUUCACUGGAAAUUCUUGCCCAGUUUGUUGAGAAAGUUCAAAAAGAUGCACCCAGAACCAAAGAAAAAACGUCUGCAAAACUGAAGCAUUCUCUUGAGAGUUGAGAGAGAAAGUUGAAAAGAAAAGAGAUUAUCUAGUCGCCCCUUUAUCCCCAUUCUUCUUCGUUUUUUCGUUCUCAAGAGAAGAUGUGCAGCUGGAGGCAAGUGUCUCGAUACGCACAUUACAAGGCGUCUCUUGUCAAGUCCAUUGUCUUUUCCGGUCGUGCUCUUGUUCCCGAUGAUUCAUUCAUGAGAAGUUUGGGCGCAAAUGUUUGAAGUCUGCCAGCAAUGCGACAUUUUGUAGAGUUAAAUUGGAAGGCAGACGCUUUCUGUUCAAUUUCGAUAGGUUCAUUAUGAUACGGAAAAAGAAAGAAUACCGACGUUAUUAGUUCAAAUUUAAUAAGCGUAAACUGCCAAAAACAUGUAUUUUUUCGUUUUUUUUUUGCCUUUUACGCCAAAAAAUUUCUGUUUUUGAGGUAAUGCAGGUGAUUAGCUUUGAAUAUUUUCAGCAUGGCACGUUUACUCACUAAGCGCAAAACGCAAUUCCUGUUCAAUAAAAUCGUGCGAGUUUAAUGACCAAAUCAGGUGUCAGUCAAUGCAAUUUCCAACCUAUUCCAAUCAAUCAAGUGUUGAUUCGAUUGAGACCAAGUUCCCAACUAAUCGAGAAGUAUCGUCUGAUAAGCGAUGGCCUUGCCGCUCCUUUGAAAGACCAUCUCGUUCUCCGCGCACUGAUCCCAUUUCCGCCUCCGACGUUUCUUCUCGUUCAUUCUGAGUCUCUUAGGUCUUUACACUACCUUCUUUACCUAUCGAUUGAUUAUUUGUAUUGUUGGCCAAUGGUCAGUUGCGCGACGCACCCCGCGCACCUACGAGAAUUGACUCUUGCCGUGUUUUCCGGAAGAAAAGCAUUCUUACACUCCCCCCCCCUUUCCUCUUUCCGUGAGGUGUUUCCGUUUUUUGCUCUUCUCGUGACACUCUCGGCCUCCUUUUUUAGUUACACUACUUAUGUAGAAAAACGAAAACGCAUUUUUCCGCUUGUUGAGUCCUUUCUUGAACAUUUUGUCAUUUUGUGUUUCUGUGGAACAUACGAAAAUCGUAAAAUUGAUAAGACAUUGAGAAUGUACACCGUGUAACCAACCACCCAAUUUCAUCUUAUCACUGCUAGCCGUACCCGGAAGACCUGAAAAUGUACUUUUUGAGUAAUUUCUCUUGUUCAGAUCCAGACCACAAUGAAAACUGGUUUUUGUGUUUAUCCAAUUUCUACUCGGCCAUUAUUGUUCUUUGUGUACUUCCUUUUCACACUGGUUUCUACAAAUUGAUAAUAUCUGAGAAAUUGUUUGUACUCAUGUGAAGCCACAUUUUUCAGGAGCAAAACAAGGAUCGUCGUAUCUUGAACGCUUUUGAUCCGGCGGAUAAAAGCUCAUUUUCGGAUAUGAUUCACAUCGAUGUGCCCGAUACGAAACAGCUCGUGGAAAGAUCCGAUGGAGUCACAAAGUACACGGUAUGCGUCACAUAAAACUUCAAAAUAAUGCUCAAAAAUUUGGCCAGUAGCGGAACAUGAGAGCAACUUGACAGAAAUCUAAAAUUGCGCUAAGAUUAGGACAAUUUUUCAACUUCUCAUCCAGAACCUGAAAGUAUUGAAUUUUGAAACAUUUUAUUUUUUCAGGCCUACAAUAUCCACAUCAACGGCUGGUACCAUGGUUCCGUUCGAUUUAGUCAUUUGUACGAGUUCGCUGAGCUUAUCAAACAGAAAUUUUCGCAAAAGUACAAAGGACCCGAAUUUCCAUCCAAGAAACUGUUCAAAUUAGAUGCCAAAGCAGUGGAUGAGCGCCGACAGAAAAUUGCGAAAUAUUUUCAAGCGUGUGAGUGCGAAACAUGAGAAUUUCAGUGCAGUUUGCAAUUGUAUUUCAGUGGUUCAACACCCGGAAGUCGCUCGUCAUUACUUGAUCGAAAAGAAACUGUUAGGAUUCCAAAUUGUGAGUGGAAAAUACUCAAAAAAAUGAUAAAAGCCGAUGAAUAUGCGUGGUUUUUUUCAGGAUUCAUUCCGUGCUACAAGUCAAUACGUCUCACUGGACAUUUACGUUGGCAACGGGGAGAAAACUACGAUCAAGUGUCUGGUCUCUGAUAGCACUCUGGAGAUUAUGAAGGUAACAGAGUUACUCUAAAUAAUCUGGCUCUGAAUCGUCUUAUUUCUUCAGAUUCUUGCCGAAAAACUUGGUUUCAAGAACAAGGACGAGUUCAUCUACCACUUCGGACUAUUCAUGGGCAAGGGAAGAGACCCGACGGCGGCCUGCUACUCGGUCACUCCGGAUAAUUUUGACCCUCUAUGUUAGUUAUUUUUCCAAUUUGACAUCUGAAAACAGACAAGCUCAGUGCUGGGCAAAAAGUCCGCCCUAGCUUUCAGAUGGCUUUCUGAGGGCUCUCCGGACCAGAUAAUCCGAUCGGUUGGAAACUUGAACCUAGCAUACUCACAUACAAUUGAAUUGUUUCCUGUGGGUUGAAAGCCCUGGCCCGUAUUUUGCCAAAGGUUGCUAAAGCCCAUCAAUGAGAUCUAGCCCGUCAAAGAAUAUUGGAACUUUACAAAAUUAUUGUCUUUGCAAAGUUCCGGGCUGUCAUUUUGACCUCAUAAAAAAUUGGAUGCAAAAUUCUGAAGGCUCUUUUAGUUCCCGACAGCUCGUUACAUUUUUCAUUCAAAAACUCGCUUUCAGUGACCCGAUUCCUGCGUAACUUUGAAGCUCCGUUCAUCUCGCUGAGCACGGCCAACCAGAAGUACAUGGAAAAUGGACAUUAUCAGUUUCUGUGUGUCAGGUAUGUUUCCCAAGUACAGAAACAGUGUUCGUGUGAGAUUUGCUGUAAUUUUUGCCCGAUUGCUUUCCCUCAAAAAUAGCCGGAGCCUAAUUACUGAUGUUGACAUCAGACAACGAAAAUAUUUUUCACUUAACAAAAAAACAAGAAUUUGGCCCGAAAAACAAGUCGAGAAAAGGAAGAAUUAGAAAUGAAAAAGCACACGCGAAGGCUUAAGCUUCUUCCCACGCAAAUACACGUCAUUCAUGUUUGCAUGGACUUGCUCGCCAUCUUUUUUGUUGAUUGACAAUAAAAAUUCCUACCGAAAGCUCUGAAAUUGUCAAUGAAAAUAUGGAAUGGGGGGAUUUGAAGAAGGAUAAGUUUUAAAAAGCGAUACCUUUUGUGAAACAAAGAGAGAUGAUUCAUGUUAAACUUGUAUAUUUUUCCAGAAAAGUGAUUUGGGAUCCGAGAAUCGAGGAGCCGCUUCUGGAUGACUCGUCUUUUGUGGAUCUUCUGUACAAACAGGCAGCACAAGACUACAAAAAUGGCCAUUUGCAACCGAUGAAAGAGGAGCUCGAGUACAAGUUGAAGGCAACGAUGCAGAGAAACGACAGAAUUCAGGUGAGACUUUUUUGUAGGAAAUUCAGAAAAAAUCACAAAUUUGCUUAUACUUUCUGGAAGAAAAACAACAACUUUUUCAGUUUCUCCGUACAUGCCAUGUCCUGCCCACAUACUCUUACGAGAUCUUGUCCAACUGCGUCUGUGACUACCCAAAACCCGGAACAGAAUGCGGCAUCAAGUUCGGAAGACGGCAGAUUGUGCUGACAGCGAAGGACGAUGCAGUAAGCGCAAAAAACCAUCACAAAGACGGAACAAAGUCAUAUUUCAGGGCGUGCCCAAGCCUAGCUUGUUCCGUGCGACCAGAAUCCGUGUCUGGAGAAUCACACAAGUUUUGGACCACAUCUCGUUCCAAUUCGAGUACCUCAUGGCCAAAGACACUUUCGAAUGGAUCACACUAGAUACUAAUCAGGUGCGUAGGCGUAUCAGUGUAAAAAAAGGAAAAUAUUCCUAUUGGAAUAUUUGUUCUGGCGAAUCAAUUAGGUUAAAAUGAAUGCAAUUUAUUCAGAGCAUCCUUAUGUCUCUUCUUCUCCAAUCGAUUGGUUCGGAAAUUUUGUAUGAACACAAUAAUUUGACGAUCGAGCAGCAAGUUAUGAAGGAGAAACAUUCGAAAGGAAACUUUGUGGAGAAAAGCGAAAAAUUGCCGGCAAGUCUUCAUUUUUGUGUAGAUUUUGUGCAAAUCUAAAAUUGACAUUGUCGCGUUCUCGGAGGAAGAUGAGGGUCUGGGCAAAAAGGUUUUCCGAAAGACUGCCGAGGCCUGAAUUUUUGACCCAGUCCGAUCGGACCAAAACUUUGUAGGCUUCUUGGAUUCGUAUUGAAGUAAAUUGGGUCCACGUUUAGGACCGAUCGGAUUUUUUUACCUCAACAUAUCUCGGGACCAAGUAAUCCGAUCGGUCUGAAACUUUUACCCAAGAUACUCCAAUUUAAGUUCAAGAAGCCAGCAAAGUUUGGGCCUAAUCGGAUUAUUGCAAGUGGGCCAAAGCUCCAGGCUUCGACAGUCUUCGAAAAGCCUGGGCUGGCCUCGACUGCAGUCCUGGUUGUAGUCAAAGAAACGAAAUAGAAUCCGGUCUUUUCUGCCCGACACGCUAUCUCUCAAAUACUAAGCCAUGCUUUGUUCCAGAGAGAUCCCAAAAAACCAAUCAUCGUGCUGAAAAACGCGGUUGAGGACACGGAUCCAUUGGGAGUGAUGGAACAUUACCACAACUACAACAGAAUGCUUACUACCAUCUCGGUUAGUGAAAAACGUGGAAUUGACAUGACAAAGACCAGUUUUCAGGACGGCAUUCCACAGAGAAAUCAAGCAUUCGUCGACAUCACUAAUGAUGACCUAUAG